UUUGCAAUUCUACACCUGUGCAGCUGGAGCUCGUCAAAGCCGAUGAGCUAUCUGUGGAAGCAAACAGCUUCUCGUCAUACGCCAUCAAGACCUGAUUAUUAUCAACAAAAAAGAUGGACAAUGGACAGCCAGCGGACGGAGCGGAGCCAAACAAAGGCCAAGAAGAGGAGAAGAAUAGUCUGGAUUGGCUCCUUGGAAAAGACGGGCCAGAGACCAUUCCUGUACCCAUGGAUACCAACGUCUCAAUAACAAGGCAGAGUCAAGUCAGUGUUGACAUUUCCGGUGAGGCCUUCAGCAGGGAGCGAGUCUUUGAAGCAGCAUCCCAGGGAGACACAAGUCAGCUCGAUGGGCUGCUUCUCUACCUGCAAGUCAAUGAUCUGAGACUCACGAGCCCAGAGUUCACAGAUGAAACAAAUGGGAAAACUGCCCUCCUGAAAGCUUUGCUCAACCUAAAAGAUGGCAAAAAUGCCACCAUUGAAGUCUUCAUUGACAUUGCUGAAAAGACUGGAGAUUUGGACAAUCUGAUCAACGCGUCCUACAAAGAUCCUUUCUACAAAGGUCAGACAGCGCUGCACGUCGCCAUCGAGAGACGCAGCUUUGACCACGUGACACUGCUGGUCCAGAAAGGAGCCGACGUGCAGGCCAAAGCCAACGGGAAGUUCUUCCAGCGGAGUGCAGGCCGGGGCUUUUAUUUUGGAGAGCUUCCUUUAUCGCUGGCGGCCUGCACCAACCAGCCCAACAUCGUGUCCUUCCUAAUGGAAAACCCGUACAGAAGAGCUGACCUGACCGACAGAGACUCGCAAGGAAACACCGUCCUGCACACUUUGGUGGUCGUAGCAGACGACACGACGGAAAACACAGACAUGAUCGAGAGGAUGUACGACGAGAUCCUGAUUCAGCACAACAAGCUGGAGAGAAAAGCAGUCCGGCUGGAGGCGAUUGAAAACAAUCAGGGCUUGACUCCUCUGAAGUUAGCCGCCAAGCUGGGAAAGAUCGGGCUGUUCAGGCACAUGCUGCUGCGGGAGUUCACGGGCGAGGAGAUGAGGCCGCUGUCCAGGAAGUACACAGAAUGGGUCUACGGACCCGUUCACUCCUCACUUUAUGACUUGAGCUCCAUCGACACCAACGAAGACAACUCCGUGCUGGAGAUAGUCGUCUUUGGCAGCGAAAUUCCGAACCGUCCGGAGAUGCUGCAGGUCGAGCCUCUGCGCAGUCUUCUGGAGGAUAAGUGGGACAGGUUUGCUUCCAAGCUGUUCCUGAUGAAUUUCCUGGUUUACCUGACCUACCUCAUCAUCUUCACCACCGUGGCCUUCUACAGAAAGGAAGGACAGCCACCGUUUCCCGUCGAGGACGUCCCGCUGGACUACCUGCGGUGCUCUGGUGAGCUUGUCAGUGUCCUCGGAGCUGCGUGGUUCUUCUACAAAGAGAUAACCAUUUUCAAGAGGAACCGUCCAAACUUUAAGUCUCUGUACAUCGAUGGCUUCAGUGACAUCCUGUUCUUCCUGCAGGCGGCGCUCCUCCUCGUCGCCACGGUUUUGUACGGCUGUGGACUGAGGGAAUACGUCGGCCUCCUCGUGCUCUCGCUGGCUCUCGCCUGGAUCAAUGUGCUUUACUACUCGAGAGGCUCCAAACGACUGGGGGUGUACAGCGUCAUGAUGCAGAGAAUGAUCCUGGGUGACCUCUUACACUUCUUAUUUGUCUAUGGAGUUUUCCUUUUUGGGUUUUCUGCUGCCAUCGUUGCUCUCAUAGACGACUCCCCUGCAGCUCAUAAGGAGCCGGCCAACGGCACACAUGCUCUGGACAGAAGGAGCUUCGGUCACGAGCCAGUUCACUGCAAGAAGCCGAGUUACAACGACUUCCAGUUCACAGCGCUGGAGCUGUUUAAGUUCACUAUUGGAAUGGGAGAUCUGGAGUUCACUGAUCAUGUUCAGUACAAGGAAAUUUUCUACCUCCUGCUCAUCCUGUACAUCGUCCUCACCUACAUCCUGCUGCUCAACAUGCUCAUAGCGCUGAUGGGCAACACAGUCGAAAGAAUCUCAGAGAAAAGCGAAAACAUAUGGAACCUGCAGAGGGCCUUUACAAUCGUGGACAUGGAGAAGACUCUGCCGCGGUGCCUGACCAGUAAGCUGUACUCCGGAGUGUCAAACAUGGUGUGUCUGAGCAGCGAGCAGGACGCGAGCCGUAGAUUUAUCAGGGUGGAGGAAAUGAACUGGAGGCAGUGGAGGUCCGAUCUGGGUUUCAUCCAGGAGGAAGACCCCGGAAACAACAUGACGAAAGCACAACCUGACGACAAGACUCAGGGGCAUCUGUGGGACCUGAAUCCACUCCUGAAGAGGAUUCGUACCAGACGUCACCUACCACAGCAGCCCUCCCCUCCCCAGGUUCAACACAACAUAAAAUCCAAAAUUUAAGCUUUGAGUUUUAAUUUUAAAAUCUGAAGAUUCAGGUUUCAUCAAUCAGCAGCCGCAGUGGAUUCAUAUGCUAACAGUCUGUUCAGCACAUGAUCGCAGCGACAGAGCCUCUGAAUUAUACACCAACUCCAGUCCCCCUGUUUUAAAUGAACCUGCUGUCUGGAAACAGGUCACUGAUUUUCCUCAUUUAACUGAAAUAUAAAUUCGCUUUAAUACUUAAAUCAUCUUGACCAUCUUCAUAUGUGCAUGACAAAGACAGUCACUCAGAAAAGCUUUGUGUUUGCAAACUUUAUUUUGGUUAGGGGGAAUGUUUGUGCAAGACAUUUUAUUCCUGAAGGUUAGGCAAAAGUGGAAUAUCACAUUUUCACAAAGUAGAGAAAGUAAGCCCCCUCCACCACCGUUCACAACAUGACAGCUCUUUGAUCAGCAAAGACAAUCAUAUUAACUGGAGUAAAAACAAAUCUAGAGAGAAUUGUUACACAGCUGAGCCCCAAUAAAUAUUGCCAUCUGAGUGGACUGACAGGUGAGCUACAAUGUGCUUCAGUAGAUUAGAUUCUGACUGUGCAUAUUGACAUGAACUGUUUCUGCAUGAUGUGAAAUGGAACCACAAACAUACAAA